AUGUAUGGAGGAUUAGGUCAUAAUGUUGUUCAGUGCAAGAGCACGGGUAUAAAGUGUUUCAAGUGUGGGGAGCAGGGACAUUAUGAUGACGAGUGCAAGAGUAUUGCUCUGAAUUGUUAUAACUGUGGAGAACCAUGUCAUAUUAAUAAACAAAUUUAUAAGCCAAAUAAAUUUCCAUAUGCUGCGAGAGCUAGUGGAAGAGUGUUUGCCCUCAGUGGUGUGGAUGUCUCGAGAUCGGAUAAUUUGAUUCGAGGUGCAUGUUUCAUUAAUGAUGUAUCUCUGAUUGCUAUCAUUGAUACAUGUGCGAUAUAUUUGUUCAUAUAUCUUGACUGUGUUAAUAAGUUAAACCUUAAAGUGUCUUCUAUGAUUGGUAGUAUGGUCAUUGAUACCCCAACUAAUGGUUCGAUGACUACUAUGUUGUUAAAACUAAACCAUGUCCAUAUCAACCGUUUUGACAAGACGGUGUUGUUUCUUGAGCUCGGAGAGAGUAUAGAUUCGAGAUUCAUGUAUGUCGGACAGGUAGAGAUGUCCUUGAAAGAGAGUUCUCAACUUCUCUUGAUGUUCACCUCCUUGAGAGUGGAAGAAGAAGCUAUGAUUAUUGAUCUUUCAGUUGUGUGUGAGUUUCCAGAUGUGUUCCCAAACAACAUUAGUGAUUUACCACAAGAAAGAGAAGUUGAGUUCGCCAUAGAUUUAGUACCUGGUACUAGACCUGUGUCAAUGGUGUCGUAUAGGAUGUAUGUGUUGUGGGGAGCAUUAAUGUUCUUAGUUAAGAAGAAAGAUGGUAGCAUGAGUUUAUGCUUUGAUUAUCCACCUUUAAAUAAAGUUACUAUUAAAAACAAGUAUCAUAUUCCUAGAAUUGACGACCCUAUGGAUCAGUUGGUUGGGACUUGCGUGGUUAACAAGAUUGAUUUAAAUCAGGUUAUCAUCAGAUUCUAG